CUCCACCCCCUCUUGUAGUUCAUAAUCUCGUACCGUCGCAGGUACACGACACUACUGGUCAGUGUUUACCCGAUAGAGAUACGAUGUCCGUUCUUCCCUGGCUGCCAUGGCUCGUCGUCUCCCUCCUCUCCAUCUACCUCCUCGACCUCCUCGCCCACGCACGCCGCCGUCUCCCUCCAGGUCCUAUUCCUCUGCCACUCAUCGGCAGCCUCCACCUCAUGGGCGACCAACCGCACCGCUCUCUCGCCCGCCUCGCCAGGAUCCACGGCCCGCUCAUGUCCAUCCGCUUGGGCGCGGUCACCACGGUGGUCGCCUCCUCGCCGGAUGCCGCCCGCGAGAUCCUUCAGAAGCACGACGCUGUCUUGGCCGGCCGGUUCGUGAACGACGCCGUGGGCGACCACGCCAGGGACUCCGUCGCCUGGCUCCCCCACGGGCCGCGGUGGCGCUCGCUGCGCAAGACCAUGGCCACGGAGCUCUUCGCGCCGCACCGGCUCGAUGCGCUCCAGGGCCUCCGGAGCGACAAGAUGCGGGAGCUCGUGGCGCACAUCGCCCGGCUGGCGCGCGAUGGCGUGGAGGUGGACGUCGGCCGCGUGGCGUUCACGACGAGCCUGAACCUCCUCUCCGGCACCAUCUUCUCGAAGGAUCUUGCGAGCCUCGACGACCAUGGCGGGUCCAAGGAGUUCCAGGCGCUGGUGAGUGAGGCCAUGAAGUGCGGGGGCAGCCCCAACGUGUCCGACUUCUUCCCGGUGCUCGCGCGCGCGGACCUGCAGGGGCUGCGACGGCGGCUGGCCCAGCUGCUCGCGCGGCUGCACCAAGUGUUCGACGUGGAGGUGGACCGGAGGCUGCGCGGCCGCGAGGUGGGGGAGACCAGGAAGGAGCACGACGACUUCCUCGACGUGCUGCUCGACGUCGCGGAGCGUGACGGCGGCAAGGCCGGCCUGGACCGAGACACGCUGAGGGCGCUCUUCACGGACUUGUUUCUCGCCGGCAGUGAUUCAACCUCUAGUAUGGUGGAAUGGGCGAUGACGGAGCUUCUCAAGAACCCAUCAUCCAUGGCAAAAGCUCACGAGGAGCUAGCACAGGUCAUCAGCUCGACAAGAAGCGUUGAGGAAUCUGACAUUAACCAGUUGCCCUACCUUCAAGCCGUGGUCAACGAAACACUCCGGCUGGGCCCACUAUUGUUACCACAUCAGGCCCAAGAAGCCGUAAAUAUCGCAGGUUUCACAGUGCCUCAAGGCGCACGUGUGUUGGUGAAUUUGUGGGCGAUGGGCCAAGACGAAAGCAUCUGGCCGGAGCCGGACAAGUUCAUGCCAGAGAGGUUUCUAGGGAGAGCCGUGGACUUUAGAGGUGGGGACUUCGAGCUCAUUCCAUUUGGUGCGGGGCGAAGAGUGUGCCCCGGGAUGCCGUUGGCAAUCAGGACGGUGCACUUGGUCCUCAGUACGUUGUUGAAUCGGUUCGAGUGGAAGAUUCCAGUGGAGGUGGAAAGGACUGGGAUUGACAUGAGUGAAAAGUUUGGGGUAUCGCUCACGAAAGCAGUCCCUCUUGGUGCUAUGGCUACAAUGAAGAUGGCCCUCGCAAAUGUGAGGGCAACAUCUUCAGUCCGUUAGUUAUUUUAUCAAUUUUCUGUAUCAUUAUUUUAAUCAUGUAUAGGCGUAUAAUCUCAAUAAGACGUGAUAUGAUUUUGUAACUACCAAAGAUAUCUUGCAAAUAAAUAUUACAGCUGCACGUAAGAUACACACUCAUGUA